GUGGUUUUAUGUUAUACCUCAGGAUAGCGACCUUCCUUUUAGCCCUAGGUGGGUUUUGCCCGACACUCCUCGAUUUUGUGAAGGCCAGGCCUAUUUUGAAUCUUUAGAGAGGCAUAGGCUAAUGUUAGAGAACCUCGAGCCUCUUGUAUAUGAUAUAGAUGACAUCCUCGGGGAUGACGUUCUCGAUCUCGCGGAUGUGAAAGGCACUGAGGGUAGGACCUUUUUACCUUCCUCUUUACUGAUCUGUCCUUGAACUUAUAAUUGUGCUCGUUCUAAUGACUUGUUCUUUUUUGCAGAGAUGACUUUUGAUCCUUCAGCCCUUAGGCAGGCCGUGACCAAGAAGUCAAAGGCCCCUCAGACCCGAGCUCCAGGGCAGAAGAGAGGAAAGAAGAGAGUUCGGGAUACGGAGAAUAUCAAGAGUGGCCCUGGCGAGACUUCUGCCCGAGGAUAUACCCCGACCACACAGGCCACGGAGACUCCUACCGGUCCACCUCGGUCACAUCCUCGGCCAAAGAGUACUCCCGAGGUUGUUGACCUCGAGGAUGAGAUACGACCUAUGCCCUCUUUCCAAUACCAGGAGCCUGACUGGUGUCCUCUGGUGUCAAGCAUCGUGGACAAGUACAGGAAGGACCUCGAUUUUGAUGAGGGCAUGAAGGCUUUGGAAUCUCUUACUCUGAAGGCUUUGAGCAUUGCCCGAGGCCUUUCUCUGAAGGGGAAAGAUGAGGCCCAAAAGACUACUGAACUUGAGGACUCUUCUCGAGCACUGGAGAAGAGGAUAGCCGAUUUGGAGGCUGAACGAUUUCUUCUUCUGAAGGAGCUCGAGGAUUCGAAAAAUGAUGCCCAUAGAGCUUGAGAAGAGGCUGGAAUUGCUAAGGCCGACGCUGAAGGUUUAAAGCUCGAGAUCGAGCGUUUGAAGGCUGAUUUUGAGACUCGCCUGGCUGAAGCUCGAGGGGUUGCGAUCGAGGACUUUAAAAUGUCCGAGGAGUUUAACGGUCUUAAAGGAGAGUAUGCCAUGGGCUCGUACUUCCAUGCCUUCAAGGAAGCUCGGGCAUUUUUGAGAUCGAAGCCCGAUGCUAGUCCCGAGGAUCUAAAGAAUAUCCCCGAGAUUGCUGAUACUCUCGAGCUGUCAGAGUUCGAGGAAACUGUCGAGGAUCAAGAGGUUGAUGUUGACGGCGAGGACGCGGUGGAGGAGCAGGGGAGCACAGCCUCGGGAGAAAGGGCCGAGGACUUAGAUUAGUUUUUGUUUGUUUUUUGUAUGAUGAUGGCCCUUCUGUUUUGUAAUUUGAACAUGUAUUUUACUCGAUGAAGUAUUUUUCUU